AUGCUACGCCAUCCUGCGCUACCGGUCUUACUCCGCAAACUACGUAUUACUUCAACAACCGCACUGACCAAUGUGAACCAGAGUGGGGUUGUGCAGGAAAUCACGCAUCGUCAGGCUGAUCUGCCAGCAGCUGGUAAGUUAGUCAAAUUAACCAGUGUCUUGCAGAAAACUGUAACCCCUUGGCAACACUAG